AUGUUUUUGCCUAAUUUGUGUGUGCCUUUGUUUUGUUGGAACUUGUCAAAUCUUGGUCAGAAGGGAAUGUUAUCUCCUGAGAUUGGACAACUUACUAAUAUGCAUAUUCUUGUACUGCACAGGAACUUGUUCUAUGGUAUUAUCCCUAGAGAGAUGGGAGAUUUACGAGAGCUGAAGGUGUUGGAUCUGGGGUACAAUAACUUCAACGGAUCAAUUCCAUCAGAGCUAAUAAACAUUUUAUCCCUGGAAUUUAUCUUUCUUAAAAGAAACAUACUUUAUGGUGAUUUACCUCUUGAACUAAAUGAGCUCAUCAGUCUGUGUGAGUCUCAGGUUCGCCACGGCAGGACUUUCUCAAAUAGGAUGCCCGCUGCAAGGUUUGUCUAA